GUGGAGAUAUGCGCUUUCAUCCACACACCACUGAAGAAGAGCAGCUGAGGAAGAGUGUAGUUUCAUGUGUUUAAGACUGAAAUGAUUUACUGAAGGUGAUAAUGGAUGAAAUAACUGGAGCUCAGUUGAUCGCUGAGGCACUUAAAGCUCAGAAUGUGGAGUACAUGUUUGGCAUCGUUGGUGUGCCGAUCAUUGAGGUGGCCAUGGCCGCUCAAGCAGCCGGUAUUAAGUAUGUGGGCAUGCGCAAUGAGCAAGCAGCAUGCUAUGCUGCAUCUGCUAUUGGCUAUUUGACAGGACGCCCAGCCGUUUGUCUGGUGGUUUCUGGACCUGGGCUGAUUCAUGCACUGGGAGGAAUGGCCAAUGCUAAUGUGAACUGCUGGCCUGUCAUUGUCAUUGGCGGCUCUUCUGAUAGGAACCAGGAAACCACAGGAGCGUUUCAAGAGUUUCCUCAGGUCGAAGCUUGUCGUCUGUACAGCAAAUUUUCUGCUCGACCAAGCAGUCUUCAGAUGAUACCAGCCGUGGUGGAAAAAGCUGUAAGAAGCAGUAUUUACGGCCGCCCGGGAGCUUGCUACAUAGACAUUGCUGGAGACAUGGUGAAUGCCAAAACAGACAGAGCCAGUGUCAGGUUUGUUUCCUGUUGUCCUGUAGCUCCUGUGAGUCAGGCUGACAGCAGAGAGGUCACACAAGCUCUGGAGCUGCUCAGGAAUGCUCAAAGGCCCUUGAUCAUCGUUGGAAAAGGUGCGGCAUAUGCCAGGGCGGAGAGGGAGGUCAGGGAGUUGGUGGAGGUGUCUGGACUUCCCUUCCUUCCCACACCCAUGGGAAAAGGAGUGCUGCCCGAUGACCACCCAAACUGUGUGGCUGCUGCCAGAUCCAGAGCUCUGUUGCAGGCUGAUGUCGUGGUGCUUUUGGGUGCCAGACUCAACUGGAUCCUGCACUUUGGUUUUCCACCCAGAUUCAGUCCCCAAGUGAAGGUUAUUCAGGUGGAUCUGUGUGCCGAAGAGUUGAGUAAUAACGUAAGAGCCGCAUCUGCUCUGAUGGGAGACAUACGAGCUGUGGUCAACCAGCUUUUGGAGACUUUAAGAUCCAAGUCCUGGAAAUUUCCAUCUGAUGCAGAAUGGUGGACAACCCUGAGGGAGAAAAUGAAUGCUAAUGCUCGCAUUUCAAAGACUCUUGCUCUUCAGUCGACAGUACCCAUGAACUACUACAUGGCCUUCCACCACAUCUCUGAGCUCCUGCCCAAAGACUGCGUCAUAGUGAGUGAAGGUGCUAACACGAUGGACAUCGGCCGUACUAUGCUGUUCAACUACCUCCCACGACACAGGUUAGAUGCUGGUACCUUUGGCACUAUGGGGGUAGGCCCGGGCUUUGCCAUUGCAGCGGCUGUUUUGGAGCAGACGCAGCAGACGGGACAGAGAGUGGUGUGUGUGGAGGGAGACAGCGCCUUUGGUUUCUCUGGUAUGGAGGUCGAGACCAUGUGCAGGUAUAAACUGCCAAUCAUCAUUAUAGUAAUCAACAACAAUGGCAUCUACAGCGGAGUUGAUCCUGAGACAUGGAGAGAGAUGGAGAAAAUGGGAGACAUGACUACAAUAGCUCCUCCAGUGACCCUGCUACCAGAAGCGCGGUAUGAACAGGUGAUGAGUGCAUUCGGGGGACAUGGGUACCUGGUGCGAACUGUGGAGGAACUGCGUAGUGCACUUCAAGAGAGUUUUAAAAACACAGAGAUGCCGAGCCUUCUCAACGUACUUAUAGACCCAGCGUCAGAUCGCAAACAGCAGGAGUUUCCCUGGCUGACACGUUCAAAUCUUUAAAGGAAUCGGAUGAGAUCUGAUCAGUGCUAUAUUGAACACUACACUUGAUUUACAGUAACUUACUGUAGGUGACUUUGGAAAUACAUUUUCUGUGAUAAAACAACAAAGCGGUGACGGUUCACAAUAAGGUUGUUUUUGCUAACAUUAGUAAAUGCAUUAGCUAACAUGAACUAACAAUGAGCAAUAGAGAUUUUUAGCAUUUAUUAAUCUUUGUUAAUGCUAAUAUAAUUGUUCACCUAAGUUUAUUGUGUAUUAACUAAUGUUAACAGUUACAACUUUUGUUUUUAAAAAUGUAUUAGUAAACGCUGAAAUUAACAUAAACUAAGAUUAAAAAAGCUGAUGAAAUGUUGUUUGUUGUUAGUUUAUGUUAGCUAAUGCAUUAACUAAUGCUAACAAAUACAACUGUAAAGUGUUGUAGUAUUUUCACAUGGCUACAGAUUUUGGUUUUGGAUAUUAAAUAAAAUAGUUUAUGGGGGGGGUUCCUGGGCAGGGAUUAGUUUAACCCUUUAACUGGCGCAGCCCUUUUUGAGUGGGGAGUUUUUUGGUCUAGAAGCCUAAUUUUGGUUUUAAUUUUGGUAAUUUUUUGUUAUAAAGAAGACACUUCAACGUUUUUUAGGGAAGUGUCUGGAGGUGAAAAUAUUCAUUUUUUUUAAAGCAGUUUACAUUGAUUUGUAAUAAAUAAAAAUGCAAUAUAGUAUUAUUUUUAAAACAUAAAAUUGUCAAAAAACUGAGGUUUGUGCUGGUUUGCUGUGAGGUUUGCUGGAUACUUGUGUCACAAAUUAAUAAAUUACAGUUACUGCAUUAUUAUUACUGCUAAAAGGUUUUGAAAUAUGAAAACUACCUUCUUAGACCUUUCCAACAAUAUAUAGUUUGUCGUGAUAGAUUAACAUUUACAUAGAAAAUAUUUAAAUAAAUGUAGAUGUCCCGCUCACGGGACAGCGCCAAUUAACGGGUUAAGCCAGGACUAGGCCUUAGUUUUAUUAGGAAAUAUAACUAGUUUUAACAAAGCCUUACUAAAACAUUAAUUGUGUGCAUUCUGAGGCAAAACAAAGGGCACUGAUGUAUUUUUAAGAUAUUUUGUAUGAAUAAGUAAUAAACAGCUUUUUACAUUUAUUUUAGUCUAGGACUAGUCUAAUCCCUGUCCGAGAAACUGCCCCAUAUGUUGAUAUUGUAUUCCAUAAAAUACAAGAAUAGAAAAAUAAGUGAUUUACUUAAAUUUCCUAAAUUUUAAAAUAGUUUGUAAAGUGAAAUACGAGAACCAAUGAUAUUCUGUAUACAUUUAUUUGAUCUGAUUAAAAUGAAGGAAGAUAUUUUGAGGAAUGUUUGUAAACAAAAGGUUUAUGA